AUGCGCUCCCAGACCCCCGGCAGCUUCUGGCCCGUUUUGGUUAUGGAGACUCCCAACUUUACGCACGGAUCCGCGCCCGUCAACGCGUCGCUGCGCCAGCAGCGGUCAGGAAACUCGACUGAAAUCGCGCUGCCGAUCUUCAUGUUCGCCGGCGGAGCCAUCGGGAACCUGAUCGCCAUCCUGGUGCUCUCCGUGUCCCGGCAGGAGAAGAAGUCGUCCGCGUUCUUCUCGCUGGUGCGCGGCCUGGCGGUGACGGACCUGCUGGGCACCUGCAUGGCCAGCCCGCUCACCAUCGCCAACUACCUGGACCACCAGGUGCUGCUGGACCCCAAAGUCUGCGAGUUUGACUCCUUCCUGCUGCUGUUCUUCGGCCUGACCGGACUCAGCAUCAUCGGCGCCAUGGCGGCGGAGCGGUACCUGGCCAUCUGCUGGCCCUACCGGUACCAGCGCUGGGGGGUGAACCGCCGCUCGGCGCAGAAGUUCCUGUUCUUCAUCUACAUCAGCCAUAUUCUCUUCUGCUGCCUCCCCAUGAUGGGGGCGUCCAGGAGCGAGCUGCAGCCGCCCGGCACCUGGUGCUUCAUCGACUGGAAGACCUCGGAGCCGCUGGCCGCCACCUACUCCGUGCUGUACGGGGCCGUGAGCCUGAUGUUGAUCCUCGGAACCAUCGUGCUGAACCUGGCGGUGUGCGGGACGCUGCUGCUGAUGCGCCGCAGAACCGCGCACCGGCCCGCAACCAGAGCCAGCGUCAAGCAGAGGUGGAGGGCGCUGUCCUCGGCCGCGGAGACGCAGAUGAUGGCGGUGCUGCUGAUGACGUCCGCGGUGGUUCUGGCCUGUUCGGCCCCGCUGGUGGUCCGUAUUUUCGCCAACCGUUUCCAGAGCGACCAGAAGGCGGACCUGCGGGCGAUCCGGAUCGCCUCCCUGAAUCCCAUCCUGGAUCCCUGGAUCUACAUCCUGCUGCGGCGUUCCCUGUUCCGCCGUCUGCUCCGCCGGACCGGGCGGUGCGACAGCCCCGCCAGCGCCUCCCUGCCGUCGCCUCACAGCGACCCCCCGCUGUGCCCCGAGUUCUCCAGGGAGAACCACGUGUUCGCUCAGCUGAUGUGCAACGCCAACAUCAUCACGCAGCUGCCCGCCUCCGUGCGGUUCCCGGCCUUCAGCUCCGACUUCCUGUGCCAGACUUGAAGUUCACUGAUGAUGAACCUGCAGGGAGGCAGAGAGAAACUGCACAAAUCUCAAUGGCAACAGGCCUGGCAGAUAUUAUUUAUUAGCUGAAACAUGAGCACAAAACUGAGCCUUUACUCUGUACCUGUCUGUUUGUUUGUGUUGAGUCAUUUGUUCCUGUUAAAAUAGGACCAAGUUUUCUUUAAUCCAGUUUCUACUGUAAAUAUCUUGAAAAAAAAAAACAAACUUUUCAGCAAGAAAUGGUAG